GGCAACAAUGGCGGCGGCUGUGGCGGCGGGCGGGGGGAGCGGGACCGGGGCGGCCACGGCGGCGGCUGUGGGGGUCGGCGGGGGAGGCCCGGGGCUGGGAGCGCUGUCGGUGGCGAGGCGGAAGGACGGCGGCCCGACAGGGAAGUUCUGGGAGAGCCCCGAGACGGUGUCCCAGCUCGACUCGGUCCGCGUGUGGCUCGGGAAGCACUACAAGAAGUAUGUGCAAGCAGAUGCUCCUACCAACAAAACGCUGGCUGGGCUGGUGGUGCAGCUGCUGCAGUUCCAGGAAGAUGCCUUUGGGAAACACAUCACCAAUCCUGCCUUCACCAAGCUCCCGGCAAAGUGCUUCAUGGAUUUCAAAGCUGGAGGUACAUUAUGUCACAUUCUUGGUGCUGCUUACAAAUAUAAGAAUGAGCAGGGCUGGCGGAGGUUUGACCUGCAGAACCCAUCCCGGAUGGACCGAAAUGUGGAGAUGUUCAUGAACAUUGAGAAAACACUAGUGCAGAACAACUGUCUGAGCAGACCAACCAUCUACCUCAUUCCAGAUAUAGAGCUGAAGCUGGCUAAUAAACUGAAGGACAUUGUCAAACGUCACCAGGGAACAGUAACUGAGGAGAAAUCCAAGGCCACCCACCACGUGUAUCCAAGUCCUACCUCAAUGGAUGAUGAUGAAUGGUUGAGACCCGUGAUGAAAAAAGACAAGCAGGUGCUGGUGCACUGGGGCUUCUUUCCAGACAGCUACGACACUUGGGUUCAUGCCAAUGAAAUAGAUGCUGAAAUUGAGGAUCCUCCGAUUCCUGAAAAGCCGUGGAAGGUUCAUGCCAAGUGGAUUUUGGACACAGAUAUAUUCAACGAAUGGAUGAAUGAAGAGGAUUAUGAGGUGGAUGAGAACAGGAAAUCUGUGAGUUUUCGGCAGAGAAUCUCCAUGAAGAAUGAAGAGCCUGUGCGCAGUCCUGAGAGGAGGGACAGGAAAGCAGCAGCCAGCACACGGAAGAGGAAGCAUUCUCCUUCUCCACCCCCCACUCCUGUGGAGUCAAGAAAAAAAUCAGGGAAGAAAGGACAAGCAACCAUAUACGGGAAAAGGAGGGGGCAGAAGGAGGAAGAUGAGCAAGAAGAUCUUACGAAGGACAUGGAGGAUCCCACACCGGUCCCUAACAUAGAAGAAGUGGUGCUUCCCAAAAAUGUGAACCCAAAGAAAGACAGUGAGAACACGCCUGUGAAAGGAGGAACAGUGGCAGACCUUGAUGAACAGGAUGAGGAGACAGUGGCGACUGGAGGAAAGGAGGAUGAAGAUCCUAAUAAAGGUGACCAGAGUCGAUCGAUCGAUCCAGGAGAAGACAAUGUCACAGAACAAACCAACCACAUCAUCAUUCCCAGCUACGCAUCUUGGUUUGACUACAACUGCAUUCAUGUGAUUGAGCGCCGUGCCCUUCCGGAGUUCUUCAAUGGAAAAAACAAGUCCAAGACUCCUGAAAUAUACCUGGCUUACCGCAACUUCAUGAUCGACACCUAUCGCCUGAACCCGCAGGAGUACCUGACCAGCACCGCCUGCAGGAGGAACCUGACGGGAGAUGUGUGUGCUGUCAUGAGAGUGCACGCUUUUCUGGAGCAGUGGGGUCUCAUCAACUACCAGGUGGACCCGGAGAGCCGCCCCAUGGCCAUGGGCCCUCCUCCCACCCCUCACUUCAACGUGCUGGCCGAUACACCCUCCGGCCUCAUGCCUCUGCACAUCCGUACCCCACAGAUCCCAGCUGCUCAGCAGAUGCUGAGUUUUCCUGAGAAGAACAAAGAGAAACCCACUGACCUGCAGAACUUUGGGCUGCGCACAGAUAUUUACUCAAAAAAGACCUUAGCAAAGAGUAAAGGUGCCAGUGCUGGAAGAGAAUGGACGGAGCAGGAGACGCUGCUGCUGUUAGAAGCCUUGGAGAUGUACAAGGACGACUGGAACAAGGUCUCAGAGCACGUUGGCAGCCGCACCCAGGAUGAGUGUAUCCUCCAUUUCCUGCGGCUCCCCAUUGAGGAUCCCUACCUGGAGAACUCGGAUGCGUCCCUCGGCCCCCUGGCCUACCAGCCUGUGCCCUUCAGCCAGUCUGGCAACCCCGUGAUGAGCACUGUUGCUUUCCUGGCAUCGGUGGUGGACCCCCGUGUGGCAUCGGCAGCAGCAAAGGCUGCCUUAGAGGAGUUCUCCCGUGUCAGAGAGGAGGUGCCCCUGGAGCUGGUGGAAGCCCACGUGAAGAAAGUGCAGGAAGCAGCACGUGCCUCGGGGAAGGUGGAUCCCACCUACGGGCUGGAGAGCAGCUGCAUUGCUGGGACGGGGCCGGACGAGCCAGAAAAGAUGGAUGGAGCCGAAGAAGAAAAAAUGGAAACAGAGACAGAUGGGCAGCAGCCUGAGAAGGUAAAUUCAGCUCAGCGUGUGGCCAUGAAGGGGCACUUCGACACUCACCAACCCAAACUACUGCAUUCUGAAAUGCCCCAUGAGAAGGGUAGGACUGUGCAGGUUGAAAGCAAAGCAGAGAGUGAAACUGAGGAAGGUGAUAAAGUACAAGAAGGAGAAAAUGAGAGGAAUCCGGAAAAGGAACAAGAAAGUGAAGCGACUGCAGACACCAAAUCAGAAGAAAAGGAGGCAGAAGAGAACAAGGAGAAUGUUGAUGCAAGCAAAGACAAAGAAAUGGAGGCUGGGAAGAAGAAAGUGGAACACGAGAUCUCGGAAGGAAACGUAGCUACAGCUGCAGCUGCUGCUCUCGCCUCAGCUGCCACCAAAGCAAAGCACCUGGCAGCAGUGGAAGAAAGGAAAAUCAAGUCCCUGGUUGCUCUCCUGGUGGAAACGCAGAUGAAGAAGCUGGAGAUUAAACUUCGCCAUUUCGAGGAGCUGGAAACCAUUAUGGACCGGGAGAAAGAGGCAUUGGAGCAGCAGCGGCAGCAGCUGCUGACGGAGCGUCAGAACUUCCACAUGGAGCAGCUGAAAUACGCUGAGCUCCGCGCCCGGCAGCAAAUGGAGCAGCAGCACAGCCAGAACGCUCAGCAGCCACACCAGCACUCGGGGCCCGGGCUGAACCCGCUGGGCACAGCAGCUCACCAGGGCAUCCUGCCCCACCAGCAGCCCCCGCCGUACCCCAUGAUGCACCACCAGAUGCCUCCACCCCACCCCCCACAGCCAGGUCAGAUGCCCGGUCCCGGCUCCUUGCUGCCCACGCAGCCCAUCCCGGGCCGGAUGCUGCCAGGAGUGUCGGCCAACCUUCACCCCGCGGGCGCUGCUGCUCCCCCUGGCAUGGCACCCAUGGCUGGGGGCCUCAUCGGGCCCCGCGUCCCCCUGGCAGCCCCCAAUGGCAUGUACCCCCCAGCUGCGCAGCCGCCUCCACCCGCCGAAGGGGUGACCCCCCCUCCCGCAGGAGCCCCCCCGGCCGCGGCCGCCCCAUAAGAGCCUGAGAGAAGGAACUUCUCAGUAGCACAGUG